AUGUCUCGCAACCCUUAUAUAGAGAAUGGGGUUCUCGCAGAAUACUUCUCUGGCUCAAACCAACCCAAAAUGGCCGGCGUUGUGGCGACAGUGAAGAUCCAGACUCCUACCUCCUUGGCCUCAUGGACCGGGCCUUUGCCAGCUUUUGGUCGAAACUGUUGGUUGUCGGCAGAACCGCUGGUGGCGGCAGAACACCUGGGCCUUCCGUUGCAAAACUGA